CGCUUGGUAUUAUGACUCUGCCCCUCUCCCACAACCACAACCUCACCUCGAUCUUUUGCGCAACCCUUCGCUGCCCAUGCGGUUACUCAGACAACAGUGACGAGAUGACCAUCAAUAGUCUAUAUGACUCGUCCGGCCUGUUGUUUGGUAUGAAAUGCUCCAGGUCGCUCAGCUUUCGAAGGCCCGAGCCUUGCGCCUAAACUUGUUCUGCCUUUCUGCGCAGUCGUGCAGAUGGACGUCUUCCCAAGCAGGGAGAAGUCCACCUCCGUGGCGGCCAGCUUCGACGUUGGAUGAUUGGGUUGACCGCCCUAUUCGUCCCAUCAGCCUGCGCCAGCUCUUUUUCUUUGGUCGCACUUUGACCGAAAGUCGUUUGCUGAGCUCCGCCAACUAUGUCCGCAUGGAAUUGCCUACAAGACUUGCUCAUCGCCUGCGAGAUAUGCAGCGUUUGCCUUAUGUGGUGGUGACCAAUCCGCACCUAUCGUUCGUCUACGAGCUCUACUACAAGUCCUUUGAGAGCUUUCGUCGUGUCCCUGUGAUCCGAACUGUGGAAGAAAAUGAUGAUUUUUGCAGAGUCAUCGGUGACAACUUGAAGGAACAUCUGGCGGUGAUUCCCAACCUGGUCAUGGGAGUGCUCGAGUGCCAAGACUUGGUUUCGGUUGAUACAAUGGACAAUUUUGUACAGGCCAUGUUGCGAGCUCGAAUUUCGAGACGAGUCAUUGCCGAGCAACACCUUGCGCUCACGGAAACAUUCAAUUCGCCGUGGCACGUGCCGCAACCCAGCUCUGAGAACGAGUUUGUCGGCGAGGUUCUACUACGAUGCAACGCCAAGGAGGUCAUUGAACGAUGUGGCCGAUUCACCCAAGAGAUUUGCAGGUCGACUGUAGGCGCUGAUCCAUUGGUGCCAGAAAUUCGAAUCCAAGGCCACACCGGCGCUACGUUCCCUUACGUGCUGAGUCAUCUUGAAUACAUUGUGGGAGAAUUGUUGCGGAACUCGAUCCAGGCAGUCAUGGAAAAGUACCGGGAUCCUCGAGAACCGCCACCACCUAUUGACGUCCUGAUCUGCGAGGCUCCCCAGAACGUGGUUAUCCGCAUCUCUGACCAGGGCGGAGGCAUACCCCGAGAUAUCAUGCCCUUUCUGUGGUCCUUUAACAAAGGACCUAGAAGCGCUUCACGGCUACAAAAUUUCAGAGACGUCCCAACCCUUGCCGCCACCAUGCAGGAAGUCCGAUUGUCUCCGGGCGAUAAGCCCAGUGGAAAGAUCAGAGACACCUCUCUCAGCACUUUGGCCACAAGGCCCCCUGACCUUAGAUUGGGCAUGGGCUUGCCGAUGAGCCGUGUGUACGCCGAAUAUUGGGCGGGGAAGCUCGAAUUGCAUAGUCUCGAGGGUUAUGGAGUGGACGCAUUCCUGCAAAUCUCGAAAUUGGGCAACCAGAACGAACAGCUUACAUCCCGAGCCACAAUUGACGCGGUGUGAAGAGCGCGAUCGGUAUGGAAGAGAUGACAGUCUCAAGCGGUAUUGAACGGCUGAAGGAUCAAGUACGUAGGAGUUCAAUGGCAGAAUUCAGAAGGUAGUUCUCGAAUAUCUCAGAGGAAGGAGGUCGACAAGUGUCUUUCACGAGAUGCUAGAAUCAGACGAGCCAUUAUCAAGACAAGCCUAGAGAUCCAUAGAGUCAGCCCAAGCAGUCACAACAGUAGCAACGGUUCAUACGACAGCAUCGGGCAAGGGCAUUUGGGUCAGAGUUUGCCAAUUCACCUCAUGCUCUGCCAGCAAUCGCGUAGAGACGACUCUCUCCUUGCGGCUGAGCUUUCGGCUUACCAGAGCUGAUUGCUUCUUCACGAACACUGCAGAGAAUGGGUCUCCAAUAAGGGGACAAUGCCACCCACAUUCUUUGAUUUCCCAUGUAUCACUG